AUGACAGUAAACUCAUCUCAGAGUUCAUUCUUCGUGUUCAGCGCCUAUUUUGACUGCGGGCAUUUGAAAUAUUUAUUUUUUGUGAUUGUUAUGUCUUUAUAUUUUUUAACCAUUACUGCCAAUGUCCUGCUGAUUGUUGUUAUCUGUGUGAACAGAAGCUUACAUGAACCUAUGUACAUGUUUUUGUGCAGCCUGUUUGUGAAUGAGCUGUAUGGUAGUACAGGGCUGUUUCCGUCCCUCCUGAUUCAGAUCCUCUCUGAUGUUCACACUGUUUCUGCUCCUUUGUGCUUCCUGCAGGUUUUCUCUGUGUACUCUUAUGGCUCUGUGGAAUUUGCCAGCUUAGCCGUCAUGUCUUAUGACAGAUAUCUUGCUAUUUGUUAUCCUUUGGAAUAUAACAUGCGAACGACAUCCUGCAAGGUGGCCAUGCUUAUUGCUCUAAGUUGGUUGUCUCCUUUUCUUGCAAUUGUUGUUCUGAUGUCCUUACUUGUCCCUCUGCAGCUGUGUGGGAACAUCAUUAACAAAGUGUACUGUGACAACUACUCCAUUGUUAAACUGGCCUGUUCUGACAUCACAGUCAAUAACAUCUAUGGCCUCAUUGCCACUUGUCUCACGAUCCUAUGCCCUGUAUCUCUGAUUCUCUACACCUACAUGAGGAUCCUUAAAAUCUGUUUUUCUGGAUCCAAACAGACCCGACAGAAAGCCGUCAGCACCUGCACGCCUCACCUUGCUUCUCUGCUCAACUUUUCCUUCGGCUGCUUUUUUGAAAUUCUGCAGAGCAGGUUUAACAUGAGCAGUGUACCCAGCAUGCUGAGAAUAUUUUUAUCAUUAUACUUUCUAACAUGUCAACCUCUAUUCAACCCUUUAAUGUAUGGACUGACCCUGUCCAAAAUCUCUCUCACCUGUAAAAAAACUACUCUGUGCUGACAUGUAGAACAACACUGUUAUUAUAUCUGUGCUAUUAGUAAAACUAAC